AUGUCUCAGAGCAACCGGGAACUGGUGGUUGACUUUCUCUCCUACAAGCUCUCCCAGAAGGGAUACAGCUGGAGUCAGUUUAGCGAUGUGGAAGAGAACAGAACUGAGGCCCCAGAGGGGACUGAAGCAGAGGUGGACACCCCCAGCGCCAUCAAUGGCAACCCGUCCUGGCACCCGGUGGACAGCCCUGCGGUGAACGGAGCCACCGGCCACAGCAGCCGCCUGGACGCCCGGGAGGCGAUUCCCAUGGCGGCGGUGAAGCAGGCGCUGCGGGAGGCGGGCGAUGAGUUUGAACUGAGGUACCGGCGGGCGUUCAGUGACCUGACAUCCCAGCUCCACAUCACCCCGGGGACCGCGUAUCAGAGCUUUGAGCAAGUCGUGAACGAACUCUUCCGGGAUGGGGUGAACUGGGGUCGCAUCGUGGCCUUUUUCUCGUUCGGUGGGGCACUGUGCGUGGAGAGUGUGGACAAGGAGAUGCAGGUAUUGGUGAGUCGGAUUGCAACUUGGAUGGCCACUUACCUGAAUGACCACCUAGAGCCUUGGAUCCAGGAGAACGGAGGCUGGGACACUUUUGUGGAACUCUACGGGAACAAUGCAGCCGCCGAGAGCCGGAAGGGCCAGGAACGCUUCAACCGCUGGUUCCUGACGGGCAUGACUGUGGCUGGCGUGGUUCUGCUGGGCUCUCUCUUCAGUCGGAAAUGA